UAGCCACUAAUUAAAACAAGCUUCAUAAACCACUGCCCAGCGACCAGAAACCUGGAAUAAUUACCCCUAAACUAUAUGAUACAGCAUUUAGAGAAUUAAAAAAAAUGACUAGCGAUUUAUCAAAAAAGAAAGUGAAGAGUUCGAGUGAGAAAAAGGCGAAAAGAAAAGCUAAAAGAAAAGAGACUUAUGCCAUGUAUAUCUAUAAAGUUUUGAAACAGGUCCAUCCGGAUACGGGGAUUUCCAGCAGAGCUAUGAGCAUCAUGAACUCCUUCGUGAAUGACCUGUUUGAGAGGAUUGCCACGGAAGCGUCCCGGCUGGCCCAGUACAACAAGCGGUCCACCAUCACCAGCAGAGAGGUGCAAACUGCGGUGAGGCUGCUGCUGCCCGGGGAGCUGGCGAAACACGCCGUGUCCGAGGGCACCAAGGCCGUCACCAAGUACACCAGUUCCAAGUGAAUAGUUAGUUUUACAAGGAUUCCUGUCUGGUGUAAGGAGUUUCCAUGUGAACCAUUUCAAUAAAUAUUCAACUGUU